UAAUUUGCUCAAGUAAUGUUAGAUCCAUACUACCGAAUGAUUAAUGGUUUUAAAGUUUUAGUUGAAAAAGAAUGGUUGUCCUUUGAACAUCGUUUCUCACAUGGCUGUAAUCAUACACAUUCAACGCAAUCAAGUGGAUUCACGCCUGUUUUCUUGCGAUUUCUUGAUGGCGUCCAUCAGUUUAGAAAAAUUACUCACUAUCCUUCGAAUUCAACGAGUAUUAUUUACAUUUCCUCGCCUAUCAUCAUGUCUCCAUGCGUUUUCGUACGUUUUUACUGGAUUCAGAGCACGAACGUGUGCAAAUGGGUUGGCUAUCAGAUGCUGAAAAGAAAGAUGCAAAGACUUCUAAAUCUCACAUAAAAAGUCCUUGGGAUUACAUCGACAUGCUACACAAAAAAUCAUCAUUAUUUUAUAAUUUCAAGUUUUCGAAAGAACAUUCUGAAAAGGUGCUUCGUCCUCAUUGCAACGUUUGCAAUCUAAAAUUAUGGAGUUACUUUGUUUCGGAGAAUGUCUCCACUUGUCCAGAGUUUGAUCAAGAAGUCAUAAAUGAGACAGAAACUGCUGCCGAGGAAGGACAACAGAAGUUAGAAGACAAGUACGAUGCCAACAGACGCUGUCGAAGUGGUAUGUUUGCUGGAUCGGUUCAUUGUGACAGUAGUAGCUGUGCAUAUCAUUUGUACGAAUAUAAUCGCAUCGAAGAAGAUACUGGCAAACACGCAACUCGUUGGAAAAAAAUAUGGGAGCGUUUGGAACAGCCUAAAAUAACGAAAACGUUUUUAACAUACAAUGAAGAACUUUCCAGAGUCCGUAGUGGUGUACUACACAAACGAGAUACGAUGGACAUAAUACUUGAGGGGAAACUUCAAAUCGAAGAUUACAGUAACCAAGGUUUUUCACGACCUCAUUCAUUUGAACCUCACAGUUUCUUUACGCCAACCAACUGCGAUUUCUGUCUACAAGUGAUAUGGAAUAUUGGAAAAGGAGGAUUCAGAUGCACAGAAUGUGGAUACAACUGCCACGAGAAAUGCUUAUCACGUGUUCCUAAAACGUGUCCUAAUUACAAGAAUCUAAAAGACCAGAAUGAUAGCAUGCCAUCUACUAGUAACAAAAGCUUACACGAGUCUCCAAGUAUGAACAAAUCUUCGAAAUUUGUUUGUGGUUAUCUAUGAAAACGAGGUGCUUUAUUCAAACAAUGGAAGCAACGGUAUUUUGUAUUGGAUACGGAAAGACAUCAGCAAACGAGAAGCAAGUUUUAUUCGACCUUCGUACAGAGAAACGAUUGUAUAAUUUGUAUGAUGCGACGAAGGAAGAAGCCAAGAAAUGGAUAUCUAAAUUACAAAGCUUGGAUACGUAGAGCUUCCACGUUCCAAUCAGGGAUUUCAUUAUAAUCAAAAGAAAUGUUGUGCAUAUGUGAAAUAUUUUAACAUUUUAGAACGCAUAUUUAAGGUAAUUUAUGUAUGUAUUUUAAUUUUUUUAAAUAAUAGUAUCAUUUUAAGACACGCA